AUGGGCAUUAGCUUUUCCUUCUGUUCCGUCAAGAUCUCAAAGUUUGAGGAGAUUAACGAAGAUUUAUUUAAUGUUCAGGCAGGUGAGUUCGUGGCAGUGAAUGCUCCUACUGUUUUCAAAACUUUGUUAUAUGACCCUACUCUUCUAGGAAAUACUGUUAAUGUUAUCAGGAAAUUAAAUCCCCGCGUUUUGCUGAGUUCGGAAGUAGAAGGGCAGCAUAAUUCCCCCUUUUUUGCAGAUCGGUUUGUUGAGGCGCUCUUCUAUUACGGCGCUUACUUUGAUUGUUUGGAGGCUAUGCUGCCGGACAGAAACGAUUUGAAAAGGGUCAAGUUUGAAGAAGUCUGUUGUGGGAGUCAAAUAAGAAGUAUGAUAGCCUGUGAGGGAGAGGACAGGAGGGUGAGACACGUCAAAAUGGAUAUUUGGAGGUCUUUCUUUACAUGGGCUGGAUUUAGAGAAAAGAAAUUCAGCUAUCAGGCUUGGUGUCAAGCAAGAUUAUUGCUCAAGCAAUACGUUAAUGCAGAAAGUUUUACUAUUGAGUCGAAUGGAUCUGCUAUGAGCGUAGGGUGGAAAGGAAGGCCGUUGCACACACUGUCUAUAUGGGCUUGUAAAAAAUAA